AUUGCGAUUGCGGGCGUGAAGCACUAAAACUGGAUUAGAUUAUCAAUUGAGCACUCCACUGGCCCACCCGUCUUCUCCGCGGACCUUCCCAAUCCAAUCCUCCAUGGAAGACGGCCACUCCGAUGUUGCCCUGCGCGUCAACCUCAACGUCGGCGGCAAACUCUUCCAGACCACCGUGUCCACUCAGGCCGCCGGCCCCGACUCCCUCCUUGCCGCCCUCUCCAACCGCCUCCUCCACCAUGGCUCCCACUCUGACCCGGUUUUCAUCGACCGCGACCCGGAAAUCUUUUCCGUCCUCCUCUCCCUCCUCCGCUCCAACCGCCUCCCCUCCACCGCCCGCCGCUUCACCAACCAAGAACUCGUCGACGAGGCCUCCUAUUAUGGGAUCGAGUCCCGCUUGAAGUCGGCCAUGUUGCCGACUCCGCUCAAAGGAAUCGACGCCUCUCUCGUGGCCACCGUCAAACCCGCCUCCGACGGGUUAGUCUCCGCCUUCACCGCCUGCGACGGCGACGGCUCAGUCUGGGUCGCCCACGGUGGCCAAAUAUCCGGGUACGAUUGGAAUCUGACCCACUCCGGGACCAUCCGGACUCACCUCGACUACAUCUCCUCGAUUUGUAGGAUCCGUCCCGAGAUCGCCGCCGUCGGAUCGGAUACCGCGGCCGGGAUCCAUUUCUACAGCCUCGCUAACGGCAGGCGUGUCGGGUUGGCCGACUGGACCGACCCGUCCGACCCAAGGAUAUUCCGAGCCGGAGUGACCGCCAUCGCCGACUCGCCCGACUCGGUCUUCGCCGCCUUCGAUUGCCACCACAGAGAGAAUUGUGUUCUCGCGAUUGACAAGACGUCGCUCAAAGUCACAUCCGAAUUCGGUCGGCAAACCGGCAGCUCCACCAAAACAAUGGUCCCCGGAAAACUCACCUACUUGCCGGCCACCGGCGUCCUCGUCGGAACCGCCGUCACAUCCGGUGCUUUCGGUUACUCUGGCUAUAUCCGGUUGUGGGACCCGAGGUCCGGCGAGGUUGUAUGGGAGACGAACGAGCCCGGGUCGGGUAGGAGCAGCCGGUUUGGGGACCCGUUCGCGGCCGUGGACGUGGACACGGAACAGUCGACGCUUUUCAAGAUGUGUUCCAAAUCAGGCGACUUGGCAGUGGCAGAUUUGCGUAAAUUAGGGAACGACCCGUGGGUAUAUUUGGUAGAUAAGAACCCUAGUAUGAGAAUCAGCGGCGCUUUUGGCGACGUCGCUAUACAUUGUUAUAGAAAGCAAGUAUUUGUAGGCAGAGAGGGUGAGCUUGAAGUGUGGUCAAGGGUAGAGGAGAGUGAAGAAAAAGAAGAGAGAGAGAGAGGGUUUUGUGAAGGGUCAUAUAGGAGGAAUUAUGUGGACAAAAUGGAGGAUUCAGAAAGAGGGGUCAUCAAGAAAAUUGCAGGUGGUGGGGAUAGACUGUUUGUUUGUAGGGAAAAUGUUGAGGGCAUUGAGGUCUGGGAAAGUUCUAGUUUUUCUGGUGCUGCUUCAGUUUCCUGAUCCCAAAGAGCUAUGGGUUGUGCUAAACUGAGUCGCUGAAGAGGUUUCGUGUUCUGUUAUUGAAUUUCAUUUUAUUCAUGCUGUUUCUGUUGACAAGGUGUUGUAUUGAUCAAUUCGGAGAUUAGGAAGAAGGGACGUGCAUGAAAUUUGUACUAGAUCUUUGAUUUGAUAGAUCAUAAUUUUAUUCUGGCUUCUGAAGGAAUUUGGGUAAUUCUGAAAUCAAAUUUAUUGGAGGUGUGUUUUUGCUUUUAUAGUUCUUCAAGAAAAUAGUAUUGUGAAGAGACUUCAGUGAGUUUUACUAACCUGUUUAUCCAAGAAAAGGGAAGAAAUAAAAACCACAUAGGCCGGGCAAAUAUGUGAUCGUUGAGGACAUUGCUUUUUCUGAAGAUCAUGGUUGAAUUCUAGGGUUGUGUUGAUGGUGACCUCUUCAAAGGAUACUGUUUUGAUCAUUUUAAAUGACAAAGAAAUCAGCUGUUAGACAGUAUGAAAUGUGAAGGUUUGAUUUGAACUGCCUUUUGUGGAGGAAUGUCUUCAUCUCUAUUUCCAUGAUUCUGGAAACGAUCUUGUUUUUAUGGUGCCUGGGAUCAGAUUCAAACCAGUUCUCCUCCAAUUGUUUUUUUCCAUCGAGUCAUCAAUUUUAUUCUUUCACGUCAGAACAAGAUCCCAAGUAUUGUCACUUGAACAUUGUUCAUUCUAGACCUUCAGUUGGACGACAAGAUGUCUUCUCCACUUCUAAUGGACUUGAAGGCAGGGUAGUGAUUGACACCAAGGCAGGCUAAGAAAGACCUCUGUGUGUGGGGGGGGGAUAAGUCGUCCACUUCCUUGAGUGGCUGACCCAUAUUUCUGUUCAUCCACUCUAGAAUGAGAUGAGAAAUUUGGUUCACUGCAACCAUUCAACAUUCUUCACGUGAACAUUUGACCAGAACGAUUGAUGAUUUCUCCACUUCUAUUUAGGGACUUCUGCAUGAUCUUUCUGCUGCCCUUCCUAGUGGCCACCACUGCAUGCCCUUAUCCUCCAGUUCUCUCUAUAAUUUGGCUCUGGAUCAGCCUCCAUAAUGAUAAUUGGCACCACUUCUUCAUGCUUUUUGGGUCAACAUAUAAUGCUGUUGCUCUUCAGUCUUCCUUAUAGGCUUAUACUUUUAAUUAAUUGCUGCUGUACUUGUUGAACAACUUCAUAUAUAAGGCAGACAUGCUGAACAAAAUAGCCUGAAAGAGUUGGAUGUACUGACCGUAGUAACCUGGGUUUUGUAUAAGGUCGAGUAAUGGUUGAUUGAAGUCGAUGUAAGCAAUCUUUGUGCCAAGCUUUGACAGCUUACUCUGAGUGGCCUUCAAUGCAACCUGAAGCAGUUCAUUGAACUCUUCUGAAAUGGAAUUCACAUACCCAAGGCAAUUACGCUGCAGAGAUGAGUUCCGUGGCAGCCUUGUGAUAGCAACCGGGAUGCAACCCAGCGGUGGCAGCCCGCUAACCGCAAAUCUCCGAGCUCCCUGGUCUGACAAUCCCUGUAAAGUAACAAAACCAAGCUUCAAUACUCUUAUUAUUAUAAUUUGUGAAAAUACAUUGCUGGUUUUGGGUACAAGUUUCAUGUGUUGGAGAAGAACCUGAGUUGGAGUUAAUACCUGGAUAAAUUGUUGGACUUGCUCGAGCAAGAAAUGCUCGUAAUCGGGGAGCGGGCUUGUUCCUCGGGGGCCGGAGGUUCCAUCGCCGAAGAAGCUGAAAGCGAUGUCGUCCGAUCCAGCAUUGAUGUAAAAGAGAGCUCUCUCUAUCUGACUUUCGGCUUUCCUCUUUCCAAAUCUCCUCUUAAGUUUGGACUUAUACUCUUCGAAAUACUCCAGUUGCUUUGCCAUUGAGAUUGCAUUCUGAGAUAUAGAGCCAGCACCAGUGAAGCUUUAGUCAUACUAUUUCAUAUGCUGGGUUAGAUACAGCAAUAGUUGUAAUUUGAGUUUGGCUUCUUUUUUUCUUUUGUUUUCUUCCCUGAAUAAAAUGUGUUGGAAACGAUUCAAGGAAACAUUCUGUUUUGACUGAGCAAUGAAUGCACUUGUAACUCGGGUUCUCUUUGAGUU